AUGAAUAGGAAUUCACUUCGAGUUAACGCCGGUUUGAGAAAACAAGAAGUUAAAGAAGCAAACAUUCAAGUUGCCGUCCGUUGUAGAGGCAUUAAUAGACGUGACAGUUCAAAACGGAAGAAGGAAAGCGAGUUUUCUGUGGACCCUUCAAGGUCACAAAUUAAAUCCCUUAAAGAACAUGGAAAGACAUAUACUUUUGACCGGGUUUUUGGCGAAAAAUCAACGCAGGCUGAUAUUUUUAAAGAAAUAGUAGCUCCCAUGCUUGUGGAAGUUCUAUCAGGAUAUAAUUGUAGUAUCUUAGCAUACGGGAUGACAGGAACAGGCAAAACUUAUACAAUGGAAGGUGGAGAUCCUUCGACUGUCCCAAUUAUAGUGAACAAUUGCCCUAGUCAAGACGCCGGCAUAAUUCCCCGCACUUUAAUUGAACUCUUUAACAGCCUUUCAAAGUUCUCCGAAUAUAGCGUAAAACUCUCAUUUAUCGAACUCUAUAAUGAGCAGCCGAGGGAUUUGCUCUCGACCGAAAACAAUCCUGAACAAAUUAAAAUUUAUGACGAUUCUCGUAAAGGAGGUGUUGUGAUUCAAAAUCUGGAGGAAGUCUUAUUAAAAGAUGCGAUGCACGGCAUCAAUAUUCUCAAACAAGGUUCUGAAAGACGUCGAAAAGCUGUGACGAAUUAUAAUGCGCGAUCAAGUCGUUCACAUUGUGUCUUUACGAUCACGAUACAUAUUAAAGAAACUACCACGGAAGGUGAAGAACUUUUAAAAGUGGGCAAGUUCAAUUUAGUAGACUUAGCGGGAUCUGAAAAUAUUGGACGUUCUGGUGCGGAAGAUGGACACGCAAAAGAAGCGGGCUCUAUCAAUAAAAGUCUAUUAACUCUAGGACGAGUAAUCGACAAACUUGUUAGUGAUUCAGCACACGUCCCCUACAGGGAUAGCAACUUGACGCGGAUCUUGCAAGAUUCUUUGGGUGGCCGAACAAAAACCUGCAUCAUUGCAACUAUAUCUCCAAGUAGAAAUUCUUAUGAUGAAACCCUAAGUACCUUAGAAUAUGCACAUCGUGCAAAACAAAUCAAGAAUAAACCGGAGAUUAAUCAAAAACUUACAAAGAUGGUGUUAUUAAAAGAAUAUGUGGAUCAAAUAGAACGCCUUAAAGCUGAUUUGCAGGCUGCGAGGGAAAGGAAUGGAAUAUUUCUCACGCCAGAAUCUUGGCGAGCAACUCAAGAUGAGAUUCAAGAUCUUAAGACGCAAUCUAAAGACCUUCAGGAUAAUAUAAAACAGUAUCAAAAAGAAAUUCAUGAACUUAACGAUAAGAUAGGGCAUAUGGAACUCAUUGAAAUCAGCAAUCGUAAAGCAGUGGCAGAAUUUCAAGGAACCUUUUUGUCACUGGCUUCAGGACUUGAAGCAGCUAUUAGCAAGUCAAAAACUAUGGACCUUGAACUUAACGAGGCUAUGCACAACCAAUUAUAUACAUUCUCAGAUCAGGCACAGAAGAAUUUGAUUGAUAGUCAAAAAUAUAUCGACAUAGGAUUCGACCAGCUUGAUAAACGCCGCCAAGAGAUCGAGCAACUCUCUACAGAUCAAAAUAAAGCUUAUAGGGAACUUUAUGAUGAACAAACACGGCUUUUCCUGGGAUAUCGAGAUGCGAAUCUUGAAGCUCAAAACAAGCUCAAUUCUAGUUUUGAAAACAUUUUACAAGGCUUACGACAAGUGCUUGACAAUCACUUUUCCAAGAUAAAUGCUUGCCAUGAUAAAGUCAAUGAAGAGAUGGCGUCUCUAAUGACGACUACCCAGAGUCACGUUGAAGCUCAAGACAAUACGAUCAAGCUAUUGCAGAAUGUUUUGAUGGAUACUAUAACCUCACAACAAAAACGCCGUGAACUAUUCUAUUCAGAAAUUACCAAUAAAAUAAAGACAUCUAAAACCAUAGAAACGACAACCAGCUUAAAUAGAGAGCAUCUGAGCGCUUUAGAGAGAUCUUAUGAAUUGACGAAAAGUCAUCUAACAUCACUUGAGCAGGAACCAAAUGAGGAAUUAAAAACAAAAAUCGAAUCGAUUCAAACCGGAGUAAAGUCUCACAACGAAUUAUCAAUAACUGCAGCGAAUUCCGUUUUGGAUGCAUUGACCUCAACAAAUGACUCCGCUGACAAAACUUUGGAAAGGCUUGGACAAGAACACUCCAAGUCACUCGGAAUAUUCAGUAAUGAUAUCGAGAAAAUGUAUUCCGAUAUGAGAGUUCCACUUGCUAAUAUUCAAGAUGGAUUACAAAAUUCAUUAAUACCUUUCGAAGAAAUGACGCGCGAAAAAGCGAAUAAAACACAAAGAGUCUAUGAUGAUGCCAUUUCAUAUAUGCAAAAAGCCCGAAAUGAAGUAAACAUACUUCUGACAGAGAAAGUAAAGUCCGAGGUCUCUAGGAAGAGAACGAAUUCCCGUGUGCCCCUGCCUAUUUCUGCUACCUUUAAACGACAGAAGAUUGAUAACGACGAUGCUAUAUCAGACUUAUAA